UACAUGGCUUUUUAAUUGGCUACGCGGCGAGUGUGUUCGAGUGUGUGCAAAAUAAUUUGCUUUAUUUUUUUACACUUUUUUUUUCGUUUGAAAGUGCCUACCAAAAAAAAAAUUAACCAAAAAAAAUAUAAAAAUAAGAAAGAAAGAUAGAAAAGAGAGUGUGUGAGAGUGUGUUAACCUGGGUACAGGCAUUAUGGACCGAUGCAUGUGAACUGACAGGAAAUAGAGCGCUAUUAAGCCAACAACAGCACAUCACAUCACUUCACAUCAAAAGGCAGUUAGAACCAUGGAAAGACCGGGCCCAAACAGAUUUGCUAAUUGAGGUCGCUGUCUAGAUUUCGCAGCGCACAAAUCGCACGCCAUUUUCUAGCAUGCUCUAGGAAUAUUACGAAACCCGAUCGAAAUUUUAAGGAAAAGUUAGAACUGCACAAGUUGAGACACGUUUGAAACGGAAGCGGAAACGGAAAAGGAAAUUGGUGAAGGUGGUAGAAGCAGAGAACGAGUGAGAGAGAGAGAGGAAAACAUUUCAGAAGCCACGCCCACAACAUGAGCAGCAUGAAGGGCGGCUUCUCCACACUGAAUCGCUGGUUUGGCCGAAAAAAGGACAAAUCCGGCACUGGCAGCUCCUCCAUGGGCAAGCUGUCCAAGUCGUCAACACAUCUGCACCAUUUGUCCACCGACACGGACUUGAACGAGACUAGUCAGCUGGAGUACAACCGAAUAACCCCAGUGCCCGCGGCCACCAGCAAUGCGCCCUUCGAACAGACAUUCCGCAUCACCGUCCUGCUGCCCAAGGAUCAGCUUUUUGUGGCCCGAUUGGGAGCCAGGGUUCCACUGAGCAAGCUCCUUUCGCUCGUCUGCGAUAACAAGCAACUGGAUGCGGACAAGUAUGAGUUCCGGAGUCCAGUUGAUGCUAGUCAGGUGUACAGUUGCGAAUCGACGAUCGGAGCCGUGGGUCUUUCGGAGAUUAGACUUUGCCACAAGUCGGAGUCCUACGACAACUUCAAUCCGGAUGUGAUGCACAAAUUCCAGCGCACCGGAGCCGCUCGAGAUUCGUUGAGCAGCAGCUCGGACUUCAGUAGCAGCCGGCACUCAAAGGUUACGGCCAAGACGCCGAGUCCCUACAGUUCGAGCAACUCCCUGAACUCGAUGGACUCCACGGGCAUGAACUACACCCGUACCCCGGUGGUGGUGCCACCGGCAAAGGUAUUGGCACCACCGCCGCGCAAAAAGCGAACGGCUCCCAGACCACCGAGCCAGAUUUGCAUACCGGAGCAGUCGGUUCCGGAUAUUCCGGCAGCUAGCUUGAAAAGCGAACCUGCCUAUGCGGUGAUUGUCAAGCGUCCCCAGCUCUGCAUGUCCACGCCAAAUUUGUCUGGGCCCAUUCCGGAGCUAGACUGCAAUGGCAAUAGCUCAAAGUCACCGGAUGACGACUCCUCGGAUGGUCACUAUGCCACGCUGGAUCUGAAGCCACCGGUUGCUGGUGGUCCGGAACCAACGCCCCGGAAACGUUUGCUGCAGAUCAAGAAGAAAACCGCACCGGCUCCACCGCCGGACUUCCAAAGUGGUGGUGAUAAUAUAUCGCUGGCUUCACUCCCCGAACCGGUGACGCCUACCCCGAAUAUUCCGCAACCAGCUCCAAGAAUUACCACACCUUUGCCCAUUGCACCGGCUGUGAGUCCGCCACUGCCCUUGGUGAAUGGAAAUGUCAAUGGAUCACCCAAUGGAAAUGUGUCCAAAGUCCUUCUGAAUAGAACCCCCACCCCGGAGCCCCGAUCUUUGGGUAGUGCCACCGAGGAUGAUGAUAACGAUGCGGCUUCGAAGCAAGCGGAUUCGGGUAUUGGAGAGCCAGCACCAUCUCCCUCGGCCUCGCCAGAACCAGAACCAGAGGUGGAGGCGGAGAAAUCCCAGCAGGAAUCGAGUUCCGAGGACGACGAGGCCAUCAAGGUGUACAAUUUCAAGCUUUGCCAGACCUCCAAGGUGACUGAACCAUUGGCCACCAGUUUGGCGGAAUUGGCAGUGCUGACAGCCCAAGGAGAAGACGAGGAAGAGGAUGAGGUUCUGCACUUGGAACAGAAGGUGACGCAGACCAGCGGAAAUAUGGCCACGCCCAGUAGCGAGACCUCGCUCACCUCGUGGAACUACUCGGUUCCCAUAUCGCCACCGCCCGACUUCUCCGAUCCGAAGAUGCAGAAAGGCAGUGCGGCUCCGGUUGCUGUUCCGGUGAGCCCUGGUUCGCCGCUGGACGAGAUCGUGGAUGAACUGGCGACCAUAAUUAAUCAACAGCGUCUGGACACGCUGAUAAAGAAGCAGCCCGAUCCUCGGCUGGCGGAGAUUGAGGCGGCCAAGCCGAAUCGUUUAGCCAAUUUCAGCAUAGCUACGGCCAAAACUACGACUAGGAUUGGACGAGCCGACUCCUUUCAGGCAGGAGGAUCUGGAGCAGAGGCGGAGGUAACCUCACCCGGUGGAACUCUGGGUCUUCGCAGCACCUCCCAUGCCUCCCUAAACAAACUAGAGCAGAAUGGCCUGGGCCAGAGACGCUCCUCCAGUGAGUUGAGCAUCGGUGAAUCACCUUCAUUGCAGAGCCUGGAGGUGAUCAAGACUAUCCUGAACUCGAGAAAGAACAGCCUGGCCGAAAGUGGAAGCAGUGCGUCAUCGCCCGUUACAGAGCAACCAAAGAUCUUCAAGCUGGCCAAAGAAGAGUCAUCAGUGGAUGGCGUAAGCGCUCCAAAGCAGUCACCCACUCCAAUCCGGAAACCGUCUCCGACUCCUGCAGUUGAGAAACCAUCAUCCCCUGUUCUCAACAUUGUUCAGGAAUCUCAUCCGGUCCUGAAGCAAUCACCGACUCCAAUUCAAAAGCAGCUGCCUUCUUCAGUUGAGAAGACAUCGUUACCUCCUGUGGUAAAAUCAGUACAGGAGUCGGUGACUCCUAUGGUUCCGAAGGAGAAACAAUCCCCGCCAGUGGCCAAGAAGGAGGCACCUGUUCCAGCUCCAAAGCCAUCUCCCCCGGCUGUUAACAAGGUUCCAGAGCCGUCUCCGCCAGUUCAAAAACUGCUGGUCUCGCCAACUGUUCAAGCGGUCAAAGAGAAGGAACCCCCAAUGUCGGAGAGCUCCCAGGGCACCAUAACACCUCAGAACUCCCCAGCCACACCAGUCACACCAGUCAGUCCUGUUAACCUGAGAAACCCGAACAAUAGCACCAUGGUAGUCCAACCAAGUCAGCAGAUUGAAUCCGCUCCGAGCUCCAAGCCCCUGCCACCCACAUAUCGCUAUUCGGGGCCACCCAGCAUUAACUUCGCAACCUGGAGCGAACGGCCCAAGUCCACGGUGGCCAUUAAGAACGAGGGAGACUACAUCUUCGGCGGGGCAGGAAAGUCCCAAGGGGUGACCUCGCCGCCUGCCAAGCUCACUAUCGAAGUGGCUUCACCCAUUUUGAGGAUGGGCAUUCCCCAGAGACGGGAAUACCACGUUCCCAUUACGGUUAAGCCACUAAAAGAUGUGAGUCAGGAUAACCAUCAAGAGGAAAAGGCCAUCGUGCAGGAGGUGGAAGAUCAGCAAGUCGAUGAGGAAACCUUUUCGGUUCAAGUUAAGCUCAAGCCGCAGCCAAAACCUGCGGAGAAGCCACUGGUUCACAACCAACUCCCAAAUCCCAUCCAGAACCAAUCCUCUACAUUGCCGCGUCCAGCCAAAAGCAAUAGAUUCACUCUACCCGCCAGCCAAAACAGCAGUCAGGUGGUUUCCAACUUGGCCAGCAACUCCCUGCCACGCCCCGUUUCCAGUUUGGAGAGGAACAGACCAAUGGAAGCCAAUCCGGCUCCGGCUCCCUUUGGUCAGAAUACCCUACGCCGCACGGGAUUCAAGGAGCGUAUGUUGGCCAGGGAGCAGCAGGAACAGGAGCAGGCCUUGAGGAUUAGGGUGUCCGUAAAUGGAUUUGGAAACACUUCAUCUCCAGCUGCCACUGCUGCAGGCGCUGCCACGCGCACAUCCCUGCCAGAAAGGAAGCCAGAACCGCCGGCAAAGAAUGUGAAUGUGGUUUUGAAGUCCACCAAAGUGGAGCUGAAGCUCCAGGAGCCGGAGCCCAGGCCGGUGAGCCUACAGGUCAAGCUGAAGCCCACAUCCCAGCCAGCGGCCACGCCCUCACCGCCACCACCACCCCCGACACAAAUGCUUCCGACCCUAAAGCCCGUGAAAUCCAAUGGAGGACGCAGCAGUGGUCCCACAUCGCCGGAUCCGCGUUCCCAGCUUUUGGACGCGAUAAGGAAUUUCAAACGAGAGGAGCUCAACCGAUCCUGAGUUUUCGAAAACAUAAACACUAGAUAAAUAAUAUCAGGCACAAAAUCACAAAAGCAGCGCACAAGUUAUAUAUUUUUUAAACCGUUAACAGUAAAUUUUGUGUUGAGUUUGUAAAUAAUUCCGAAAAAAAACGCCAAGAUUUAGUAGAACUUUUUUUCACCCCAUCCCCGCGCUUUUAAAGCGCCUAAUAUCCCCAAAUUUUUUUUAACUAAUCUUAGUUUUUUGUUAUGAACUAUGUAGAUUUUUAAUAAUUUGUUUUAGUCAUUAGGUCACAAGAGAACCCAAAAAAAAAAAGAAAAUACAACAACAAGAUAAAAAGAUACAAGAAAAGCGAAAAAUCUAUCUAUUUACAUGUAUGUUAUUAUGCCUAUAUAAUAUUUCGUAUGUCAUAGUGAAAUAUAGUAACCAAUUUUCUAACCAAUGGGACUGGUCUACUUAGUCGUGUCAAAUAAAACAAAAAUCAAAUGGUAGCGAAACAAAAAGAAACAACCCCAAAAACAGAGAGUUAAUAAUGCUAAUAAAUUAUUUUAAAGCAACAGCAGUUAAUGCAUUUAGCGCUGAUGUAUAUACUUAUAUAUGGCAUUGUAUUAAACUGAAUAAAAUAAAAUACAGACAUUAAAAAA